AUGUCUCUUGUAAUCCCCGAGAAGUUCCAGCACAUUUUGAGAGUGCUCAGCACCAACAUUGAUGGACGGUGGAAAACAGUUCUUUCCAUCACAGCCAUCAAGGGUCAAAGAUAUGCUCAUGUAGUACUGAGGAAAGCAGACAUUGACCUCACCAAGAAGGCUGGUGAGCUCACUGAAGAUGAGGUGGAGUGUGUGAUCACUAUCAUGCAGUAUCCCCAGCAACACAAGAUUCCAGACUGGUUCCUUAACAGGCAGAAGCAUGUAAAGGAUGGAAAAUAUAGCCAGGUUCUGGCCAACAGUCUAGACAAUAAGCUGCGUGAAGAUCUGGAGCAACUGAAGAAGACUUGGGCACAUCAUGGGCUUCAGCACUUCUGGGGUCUCCAGGUUUGA